AUGGCAGUCGAGCCGGACACUGGGGAAAUCGCCAGCUUCGAUAAGGCCAAGCUGCAGAAAACUGAGACGCAGGAGAACACCCCGCGGACCAAAGAGACCAUUGAACAGGAAAAGGGGAGUGAAAUCUCCUAAAAGCCUAGGAAGAUUUCCCCACCCCACUCCUUCAUCUCCAAGCCCCCCUCGU